AUGCCUCUGGUUAUUAUGUGUGGAUUUCCGUGCAGUGGGAAAACCAAGAGGACAGAGCAGCUCAGACUUUAUCUGGAGCAGAACACAGAGAAGAAGAUCCGUGUUGUUGGAGACGCUGCUCUGGGGCUGGACAGAAACACAGUCUACGCAGAUUCCCAAAAGGAGAAGGAGGUCAGAGGAGCGCUUAAAGCUGAAGUAGAGAGGAAAAUCAACAAAGAUGACAUUGUUAUUUUUGAUUCACUGAACUAUAUCAAAGGAUAUAGGUACGAGUUAUUCUGCCUCAUCAAACACACUCAGACUCCACACUGUCUUGUUUACUGCUUGACGUCACCUGAAGUCAGCUCCGCGUGGAACCUCCAGAGGGACGUCACGGAGCAGUAUAGCCCAGAUAUCUUGGACGCGUUGGUGCUGAGGUUUGAAGAUCCCGACUCCAGGAAUCGCUGGGACAGUCCUCUCUUCACGGUGCAGCCGGACGAGCCGCUUCCCUUCGAGGCCAUUUCUGAUGCACUUCUGAAACGAAAAGCUCCACCACGGAACCAGUCCACCCAAAGUCAACCUCUGUCGUCGACGAACUUCCUGUAUGAGCUGGACCGAGUCACGCAGGACGUCCUAACGGUGAUCUUCAAUGCACAAAAGACCAGUGUUUCCGGUGAUUGCAUAACAAUUCCUGGAGCAACUGAGAAAUUAGAAGUGUCCAGAAACAUCAACAUGGCGGAGCUGCGGAAACUGCGACGUCAGUUCAUCAGCUACAGCAAGAGUCACCCCACGGAGGACUGCGGCCAAAUCACCAACAUGUUUGUGCAGUAUUUAAACAAGAGCCUGGUUUAA